AUGGACACCGCCAAAGCCAACGUAUCCCCGGCCAGCCCGGCCAGUGGGGACUCUACCAGUCUCGACGACGAUGCCAGGAAGCUGGCAGAGAUGGGCUACACGCAGGACAUGCAACGGAACUUCUCCGUGCUGUCCCUGCUGGGCGUCGCCUUUUCGCUGGCCAACUCAUGGUUUGGCAUCUCUGCCUCCUUGAUCACCGGCAUCAACUCCGGAGGCACCGUCCUGACCAUCUACGGCAUCCCCUGGAUCGCCUUCAUCUCGAUUUGCGUCGGCGUCACCCUCUCCGAACUGGCAUCGGCCAUGCCCAACGCCGGCGGCCAAUACUUCUGGGCCAGCGAGCUCGCCCCUCGCCAAUACGCCUCGUUCGCAUCCUAUCUAACCGGCUGGCUGGCCUGGGCCGGCGCCAUUUUCACCUGCGCCAGCGUCGCCUUAAGCCUAGCCUCCGCCGGCGUCGGCAUGUGGCAGCUCUCCCAUCCACAUUUCAUCCCCCAACCCUGGCACACCGUCGUCGCCUACCAAAUCAUCAACUUCUUCGCCUUCCUCUUCAACUGCGUCGGCAAACUCCUCCCCACCGUCGCCACCACCACCCUCUACAUCUCCCUCCUCUCCUUCACCAUCAUCCUCAUCACCGUUCCCGCCGCCUCCCCCUCCCACGCCUCCCCUUCCUUCGUCUUCACCCACUUCGUCAACUCCACCGGCUGGCCCUCCGACGGCAUCGCCUUCCUCGUCGGCCUCAUCAACCCAAACUGGGUCUUCGCCUGCCUCGACUCCGCCACCCACCUCGCCGAAGAAGUCUCCCACCCGGAACGCUCCAUCCCCAUCGCCAUCCUCUCCACCGUCCUCAUCGGCUUCCUCACCUCCUGGACCUACUGCAUCUCCAUCUUCUUCUCCCUCACCGACCUCGACCCCAUCCUCUCCUCCCCCACCGGCGUCCCCAUCCUCGCCCUCUUCUACCAAGCCCUCCACAACAAACCCGCCGCUAUCGUCCUCGAAUCCCUCAUCCUCGUCACCGGAAUCGGUUGCCAAAUCGCCUGUCAUACGUGGCAAUCUCGUCUCUGUUGGUCGUUUGCUCGUGAUAAAGGCCUUCCGUGUCCGUCCUUUCUUGCCCGUAUUCAUCCGACCCUCGAUAUCCCGUUAAACGCCCACAGCACAAGCUGCUUCAUCGUCGGCCUCCUGGGACUUCUCUAUCUCGGUUCCUCAACAGCCUUCAAUAGCAUGGUCACCGCUUGCAUUGUGCUACUAUAUACCUCGUAUGUAGUCCCCGUGGUGUGUCUCCUCUGGCGCGGAAGGGAAAAUAUCCCCCAUGGACCGUUCUGGCUUGGGAAGAUAGGGCUCGUUUGUAAUGUUGUGGUCUUGCUUUGGACGGUUUUCUGUCUUGUGAUUUAUUCGUUUCCGUCUGUUUAUCCGGUUACGGCGAGUAACAUGAACUACGUCUCAGCAGUCUACGGGGUCGUUGCGGUCAUUAUCGGUCUGGAUUGGAUGUUGCGCGGCCGGAAGGUAUUCCGGGGUCAAACGGCGAGACAUCGCGAGGUGGAGGGGGUAUCGAAUGAAUGAGUAGUUAGUCAGUUGGGUCUUGUAGAUCUAGUAGAAUAAGGGAUUGGUAUCUUUUGUAAAGGGGUGGGUUUUCAUAUAUGCUGGUUUGUUAUAGAUAGAUACAUCACGUCAUAUCGUAUACUAUUAAGAUAGAGAGGGAUAGAUGAUGGCAUACUACGGGGAUAUGCUCAGAUAGAAUGUUUUAUUAUUAAGUC